AUGAUUUACGUGUACAAGCGAGACGGACGCAAAGAAGAAGUUCGCUUCGACAAGGUCACCGCCCGUGUGGCAAAGCUAUGCUAUGGCCUUGACAUGAACUACAUUGAUCCCAUCGAAAUCACUCGCAAGGUAAUUGACGGUAUCUACGAAGGAGUUACCACGGUCGAGCUGGACAACCUAGCUGCUGAGACGGCUGCCUACAAGACCACGACACAUCCCGACUACGCCGUGCUGGCUGCGCGUAUCGCCAUCAGCAACCUGCACAAGGAGACGAAGAAGGGCUUUAGCCAGGUCAUUCAGGAUCUGCACGACUAUGUGAACCCGAAGACGGGCAAGCACAGCUCUAUGAUUUCUGAAGAGACGUUCCACACCGUAAUGAAGCACCGCGACGUGCUCGACUCUGCUAUUAUUUACGACCGCGACUUUCACUACAACUUUUUCGGAUUCAAGACCCUGGAGCGUUCAUACCUGCUGCGCAUCAAUGGCAAGGUGGCUGAGCGGCCUCAGCACAUGCUUAUGCGUGUGGCUGUAGGUAUUCACGGCGAAGACAUUGAGAGCGCGAUUGAGACCUACAACUACAUGUCUGAAAAGGCUUUUACGCACGCAUCGCCCACGCUGUUCAACGCUGGUACGCCGAAUCCGCAAAUGUCGUCGUGCUUCCUCGUGAGCAUGAAGGACGACUCGAUCGAGGGUAUCUACGACACACUCAAGACCUGUGCUAUGAUCUCAAAGACGGCCGGCGGCAUUGGUCUGAACAUUCAUAAUAUCCGUGCUACAGGCUCGUAUAUUGCCGGCACGAACGGUGUCAGUAACGGUAUUGUGCCCAUGCUUCGCGUAUUCAACAACACGGCACGCUACGUCGACCAAGGUGGCAACAAGCGCCCCGGCGCAUUUGCCAUCUACCUGGAGCCAUGGCACUCGGAUGUGUUUGAGUUUGUUGACCUGCGCAAGAACCACGGCAAAGACGAGGUGCGUGCUCGUGACCUGUUUUUGGCCUUGUGGGUCCCCGACUUGUUUAUGAAGCGUGUUGAGAAGAACGAAGACUGGUCGCUUAUGUGUCCCGCCGAAGCACCUGGCCUUUCUGACUGCUAUGGCGAAGAGUUUGAGCAGCUGUACGAAAAGUACGAGCGCGAGGGACGUGCUAAGCGCACGGUCAAGGCCCAGAAGCUGUGGUACUCGAUCCUGGAAGCGCAGAUCGAGACGGGCAACCCCUUCAUGCUGUACAAAGACUCGGCCAACCGUAAGAGCAACCAGAAGAACCUCGGCACGAUCAAGAGCUCGAACCUGUGUACAGAGAUUAUGGAAUACAGCUCGCCGGAGGAGACGGCCGUAUGCAACUUGGCCUCCAUUGCUCUGCCGACGUUUAUCGAGGGCACGGGUCCGGAUAAGGUGUACAACUUCCAGCGCCUGCAUGACGUGUCCAAGGUGGUGUGCAAGAACCUGAACCGCAUUAUCGAUAUCAACUAUUACCCCGUCCCCAGCGCGCGCCGCUCCAACAUGCGCAACCGUCCUAUUGGUAUUGGUGUGCAGGGCCUAGCCGAUGCCUUUAUGAUCAUGGGCUACCCCUUUGACAGCCAAGAGGCUCGCCGCCUGAAUGUGCAGAUCUUUGAGACGAUUUACCACGCCGCGCUUGAGCGCUCGUGCGAGCUCGCUGAGCAGUACGGCACGUACGAGACAUACGAGGGCAGCCCGGCCUCGCAGGGCAUUUUGCAGUAUGACAUGUGGAACCGCACGCCCUCUGAUCUGUGGGACUGGACGGCCCUCAAGGCCAAGAUUGCCAAGCAUGGCCUGCGGAAUUCGCUGCUGCUUGCGCCGAUGCCGACCGCCUCGACAAGUCAGAUCCUUGGCUUUAACGAGUGCUUUGAGCCGUACACGAGCAACAUUUACAUGCGCCGUGUGCUCGCCGGUGAGUUCCAGGUCGUGAACCCGUGGCUGUUGCGUGAAUUGGUCGAGCUGGGCCUGUGGAACGAGUCGAUGAAACAGAAGAUUAUUGCGCACGGCGGCUCGAUUCAGAAUGUGCCCGGUAUCCCAGACAACAUCAAGGCGCUGUACAAGACUGUAUGGGAAAUCAGCCAAAAGGUGAUUCUCGACAUGGCUGCCGACCGCGGUGCGUUUGUGUGCCAGAGCCAGAGUUUGAAUGUGCACCUGAGCGCCCCAUCGUUCGGUCAGCUCACGUCGAUGCACUUUUACGGCUGGAAGAAGGGUCUCAAGACCGGCUCGUACUACCUUCGCACACGUCCCGCCGCCAGUGCGAUCCAGUUUACGGUCAGCAACGAGGAGAUUGCCGCGGCCAAGGCGACCAAGAAGGCCGUCAGUGCCCAAAAGGCUGCGGCUCACACGGCUGCCUCCUCUGCCCCACAGCCGCCUGCUCAGACGAGCGCACCUGCGACGGACGACCGCAAGUACGAAUCGGUCGUGCAGGGCGUUGGCCGGUUGGGUGUGGACGGCACUGUGACGCAAGAUGGCCCAGGCAGCGAUCGCCCGGAAAACCCUGCUGACGACGAGGGCUUCAAGGCUGCACAGGAGCGCCAACGCCGUCGUCAGGAAGAGGCGGAUGCGCGUCUGGCAUGCUCGCUCGAGAACAAAGACGCCUGUCUCAUGUGCUCGGGAUAA